AUGACGGCAUGGGUCUCACGAGUUGUUGACGGCAGUGGCUUGACUGACGAAGAACGAGGUGUACGAGCCGCUUUUCUUGUUGAUGGUAUCGUCUAUGCACUCGUGGGAUGCAUAGCAGGCGUCCAGUUCGUGCGUAAUUGCUGUCGUUAUCGUCCCUGGACCGUUCAAAAGAUGAUUCACGUACUCAUGUUCUUUGCUACACUUGUUCGGUCGAUUUUUCUGACGUUGGUGGGUUUCGAUUGGUGCGAUGGUUUGUCUGGAGAAGUGAAGGAGUCUAAAUGCUCUAGAGCUGAGCGAGACUUGUUUUACGUCUUGGAUCAAGUACCUAUUUUGGCUUUCUUUGCAAUUUAUGCAUUGCUGGUUCAAUUUUGGGCAGAGGUUUACUACAAUGCAGUUGACAAGCUACUGACGUUGACAGGAAUUGUUAAGCCGGCCAUUCGAUACUUUAUUGUGGUUGUGCUGCUAAUUCAAGUAUUGUUUUGGGUAUUCUACGCGUCGGUGUGGCGAAACGAGCAUGCAUUCUUUACGAGAUCACAAGCUAUUUUGAACAUGGAGAUCUUUCUGAUUAUCGCCACUGGUUUCAUCUACUUUGGAAGGAAGGCUUACAUUGAAUUACGAUCGGUGCCAGUCGAACGGGAAAUUCGGUCAAGGAAGCUGAGAGAGUUGGCGAUUAUGACACCGGUCGGCACGUCCUGCUUCAUGACUCGUUGCGCGCUACAAAUCUUCUUGUCCACAGAGAAAAGGCAGCUACACGACCACAGCACUUGGUUUGUUGUGGUAGUGUUCUAUGCUCUCCUGGAAAUUAUUCCAGCGCUGUCGGUGCUGUAUUUUAAUCGCCGGCUCCCUCGCCGUCGAACACCAGGUGGUUUGUCCGCAACUUCGAGGCCCAUUCGAGGUCGUGGUGUCUUUUUUGGCAAGGUUAUGGGCGCUGACAGUGCUUUUGAUGCAAAUGAUCCGUUGAGGGAGAGUUUGCUUCGCGGAUAA